UUAAUAUCUGUUCUUAUCAACGUAAACUGUAACCAUCGGUCGAUGUUUACAUCCGUCCAUCGUCUGGUUCAGAAUUGUUUUGCAUGUCUGGAAACUAUGGCCUCAACUACAAGUGAUGUUUUUGCUGAUGAGAAGGCCGGCAUGCUAAAACAAUUGCUGUUUGAUUACGUCUUCACAAGAGCAUCAUGCCAACUUGAGGGUUCUCAAUAUACCAGACGUGCUGAUCCAGAAAAACUUCAGGAAAUUUUUGAAAAAUAUGCUAGUGUUAAAAAAGGAGAUGAUUAUUUUAUGACACCAGAUGAUUUUGUAAGAAGAUUUUUGGGAAUUUAUGAGGAGCAAAACUUUAACCCAAAAACUGUUCAUCUGCUUGGAAGUAUUUUGGAUACUUCUAAAGAUGGGUUGAUAUCAUUUUUGGAAUUCCAAGCUUUUGAAGCUGUACUGUGUCGUCCAGAUGCUCUCUACAUUACUGCUUUUCAACUUUUUGAUACAAAUGGCUCAGGCUCAAUUACACUGGAUGAGUUUGAAGAGAUUAUCAAGCACACAACACUUCAUGAGAAAAUACCUUUUAAUUUUGCAAGUGAAUUUCUUAAGUUACAUUUUGGUGCUGACAAAAACAGGGAACUCAGCUACAAUGAAUUCACUCAGUUACUUCACGAUUUCCACGAAGAGCAUGCUAUUCAGGCUUUUCGAACAUAUGACAAGAAUAAGAAAGGUCUGAUAUCAGCCAUGGACUUCAGUAAUAUCAUGGUGUCAGUAAAAAGUCACUUACUCAGUGAAGAUGUGCGCAGGAACUUAGUUGCAGCUGCUGGAGGUACUGCUGGUCAUCAAGUUUCAUUUCCAUAUUUCAUGGCAUUCAACACCCUCUUGAACAACAUGGAGUUAGUUAAAAAAGUUUAUCUUAACUUCACUAAAAACAACACUAAUGUAGAGGUUACAAAAGAGGAAUUUCUAUAUGCUGCUCAGCAAAUGUCCCAAAUAACACCCCUAGAAGUAGAUGUUUUAUUCCAAUUGGCUGGAUUUAUGCAUGCUGACACAGGGAGAGUAACAUAUGAUGAUAUAGAACUUAUAGCUCCACAUAGACCAACUAAAUUUUUAUCUAGGCCUUUAGCAGAAAUGAAAGCAGUAAAAAGUCCAGCUGAGCGAGGUAUAGGCAUUCAAAUAUUAGAAAGUGCUUAUAGGUUUACAUUGGGCUCUAUUGCUGGUGCUGCUGGUGCAACCGUUGUUUAUCCCAUAGAUUUAGUAAAAACUAGGAUGCAAAAUCAAAGAACAGGUUCCUACAUUGGGGAGUUGAUGUACAGAAACAGCUUCGACUGUGCGAAGAAAGUCAUCCGGCACGAAGGUUUCACUGGACUGUACAGGGGGUUGAUACCCCAACUCGUGGGUGUUUGUCCCGAGAAAGCUAUUAAAUUAACGAUGAAUGACUUGGUGCGGGAUAAGUUCACAAAUUCAAAAGGGGAGAUCCCACUCUGGGGUGAAAUCUUAGCCGGUGGAUGUGCUGGUGCAUCUCAAGUGAUGUUCACAAAUCCCUUAGAAAUUGUGAAAAUAAGGCUUCAAGUUGCAGGAGAGAUUGCAGCGGUUGGCCGCAAAGUCCGUGCCUUGAGUGUUAUGAAAGAUUUAGGUAUUACAGGUUUGUACAAGGGUGCGAGAGCAUGUUUCCUUCGUGACAUACCUUUCUCAGCCAUCUAUUUCCCGGUGUAUGCUCAUACAAAACUUAAAUUUGCUGAUGCUGACGGCCAUAACGGAGCCGGUUCUUUACUGUUAUCUGCUUGCAUAGCUGGUGUCCCAGCUGCCUACUUAGUAACGCCGGCAGAUGUCAUAAAGACUCGACUGCAGGUUGCAGCACGUGAAGGACAGACAACCUACACAGGCGUCCUAGAUGCAUGUAGGAAGAUAUGGAAGGAGGAAGGUGGAGCAGCAUUUUGGAAAGGAGGACCUGGUAUUCAUUAAAUAUUUUUCCAUUUA